AUGACGUGUAUAGCGAUUAUGCUCAUGGCCCUGGAGCACUUCCCUACCGCCCGUCGGAUUGACCUAAAUGUCAAAAAACGCGAUUUCCUCCCUUUUGCAUUUGUUACCUUCUUAGCUGUAUCUCAUGGUCGAUUGUCACCACGCAUGACAAGGCCGCCUGAUGAUUACACUCCGGAAAACACAGCAGAAUUUUCGUCGUGCGCAGGGACGUUCCAGUCCGGUGACCAUUUUCUCGCGGUGCCAACAGCGAAAUCCAGUGCGCUGGGAUUGGAACACGAGGACGCCACGUCUUUCCUGAAAGGCUUGUAUGAAAGUUUGCUGACAUAUGUCGGGAGGAAGGGUGGCUCCAUGACGGAGCAUUGGAAAAUCCCGAAUAGGACAGGUGCAGGAGGACACUUUCCGCUGUAUGUCGUAUAUAUCUACUCUAGAGCAGGUAGAUCUUUGGACGCCUACAGGAGUGAGGAACGUAUCCCAUAA